GCCUUCGUUCCCAGAUCAUUAAACCCUAACUUAUGUAAUUGUCACCUCCUCUGCCUCGCCUCCUCACUCGGCACCCUGCUCAAACUGGGAAGUCCCGCGCAGCCUCCCUUCGCCUUAUCCGUCUUUUUCCAGAUUAUAAAGAAUCACUCCCCGAAAAAACAAUGGCAGUUGCAUUUUACGACCUUGGCUCUGCAUCAGGACUGAAGAAGCUCGAUGAAUACCUCCUCACACGGAGCUAUAUAACUGGGUACCAAGCUUCAAAGGAUGAUAUUACCGUGCAUGCAGCACUUCAGAAGCCCCCGUCAUCUGAAUUUGUCAAUGUAUCUAGGUGGUAUAACCACAUUGAGGCUCUAUUGAGGAUUUCUGGUGUUUCUGCGGAAGGUUGUGGUGUUACUGUUGAGGGUUUUGCUCCAAUCACUGGGGAGGCAGUGGCAACUCCCCCUGCCCGUGACACUAAGGCUGCAGCUGCGGACGACGACGACGACGAUGUAGAUUUGUUUGGUGAAGAGACUGAAGAGGAGAAGAAAGCUACUGAGGAACGUGCAGCUGCUGUCAAGGCAUCUGCAAAGAAGAAAGAAUCUGGAAAGUCAUCUGUGCUGUUGGAUGUGAAGCCAUGGGAUGAUGAGACUGACAUGAAAAAGCUCGAGGAAGCAGUAAGAAGCGUCCAAAUGGAAGGGUUGUUUUGGGGAGCAUCCAAACUCGUGCCUGUGGGCUAUGGUAUAAAGAAAUUGCAAAUUAUGCUGACUAUUGUGGACGAUUUGGUUUCGGUUGACACUCUCAUUGAGGACCAUCUUACGGCUGAACCAGUGAAUGAAUAUGUCCAGAGCUGUGACAUUGUUGCUUUCAACAAAAUAUAAAUUAUGUGAUGUAUCGAGGUUGUGCCCAAGUGGCUUCUCGUUAACUUUGUGGCUAUUAUUUGGUGUCUUAUCCCCGAAUUAUAUGCAGAAAUAGAUGUAAGAGACGUAUCUCUACAUUCAUGGAUUUGGGUCUGUAUUUUAUUUGGUUGAUGUCACAAUGUUACAAUUGUAGUCUUGAUCUUUUAUUUUUCCGACAUUGUGCAACAAGGAUUGAAACUGUAUUUGGUAUGGAAUAAUCAUUUCGAUCCAAA